AUGUGGACCAACUGGCCCAGAGUAGGUGUUGUUGAAAUAAUGGAUGUGAAUGAUCAUUCUCCAAAAUUCCCAAAUGAAGAAAUAAACAUUGAGAUGAGUGAAUCGGCGCUGCCCGGUGCGCGGUUUAUGCUGGACAGCGCUUAUGAUCCCGAUGUCGGUAUUAAUACCAUACAGAGCUACAGUCUGAAACCGACUGAUAACUUCGUAUUAAAACAGGAGACCCGUUCUGAUGGUAGUAAAUAUAUUGAGAUGAUGCUACAGUCCCCUGUCGACAGAGAGAAACAGGAGGACUUGUCUCUAACAUUAACUGCUAUAGACGGAGGUCACCCACCGAGGUCCGGUGCGGUGAAAAUAAAUGUAAAGGUUUUGGACGCGAAUGAUAACGCUCCAAUUUUUACCAAGAUGCUCUACAGAGCCACUGUCCUGGAAAACGCAUCCAAGGGGACACUUGUGACAACAGUUAGUGCAAGUGAUUCGGAUAAAGGGGUUAAUGGUGAAGUGACAUACUCUUUUAGACAUAUGUCUGAAACAGAUAGCGGUGUGUUUGAAAUUGACGAAAAAUCGGGCAAUAUUUAUGUAAGAGGAAGAAUCGAUUUUGAAAAAGAUAAGCGAUACGAGAUAAAUGUUGACGCUAGAGAUCACGGUGGGUUUACAGAUUCUUGUGCUGUUAUUAUUGAUAUCACUGAUGUAAAUGAUAACAUUCCUAUUAUAACGUUAACAUCAUUCACUAAUCCGGUUUCUGAAGACGCUUUACCUGGAACUACAAUUGCAGUUAUUAACGUUAAAGAUUUAGACUCGGGAGAAAAUGGUCAGGUGAAUUGCAUUAUAUCUGGAGAUUCUCCUUUUGCAAUUAAAUGGUCAAUAAAGAAUUACUUCACCGUUCAAACAAUUAAAAUGCUAAAUAGAGAAACAGAUUCAGAGUUUAACGUUACAAUAACAGCUACAGACGAAGGGUCACCUCCUCUCUCAAGUAACAAGACAUUACAUAUUAGAGUGUCCGAUGUUAAUGAUAAUGCACCGGUUUUUGAACGACCAUCCUAUGAUGUUCGUUUGAUAGAAAACAACACACCCGGUGUUUCCAUUUUUACUGUAAAAGCGAAUGAUGCCGACUGCUGCCAGAACGCGCGCGUCUCCUACCUGCUGGAGGACUCGGAGGUCAACGGUGUGCCCGCCUCUUCUCUCGUGUCAGUAAAUGCCGAAAGCGGGGUAAUCCACGCUGUGUAUUCUUUCGAUUAUGAGAAACUUAAAGAAUUUCAAAUUAAAGUGAGAGCUCAAGAUGCGGGCUCACCUCCAUUAAGCGGAAAUGCUACAGUUCGCAUUAUCAUCCAGGACCAGAAUGACAACGCGCCUCAGAUCCUCUACCCAGUACAGACUGGUGGCUCCUCAGUGGCUGAGAUGGUGCCUCGUUCAGCUGAUGUGGGCUAUCUUGUCACUAAAGUGGUGGCCGUCGAUGUGGACUCUGGACAGAAUGCCUGGCUUUCUUAUAAACUGCAGAAAGCGACAGACAGGGCGCUGUUUGAAGUGGGCUCACAAACCGGGGAAAUCAGAACUAUACGCCCGGUCGGUGAUAAAGACGCCAUGAAACAAAGGCUUACUGUUAUUGUGGAGGACAACGGACAGCCGUUUCGCUCAGCUACAGUCAACGUUAAUGUGAUGGUGGCGGACAGCUUCCCUGAAGUACUCUCGGAAUUCAGUGACAAUACUCACGACAAGAAUUACAAUGACAACCUGACUUUUUAUUUAGUUCUGGCACUGGCUGUAGUGUCCUUCCUCUUUAUUUUGUCAUUAGUAGUGAUUCUAUCAGUAAAAAUUUAUAGAUGGAGACAAUCACGCAUCUUUUAUCAGUCCAAUCUCCCAGUUAUACCGUAUUAUCCAACACUUUACUCAGACGCCGGAGGUACAGGGACUUUACAGCAUAUGCACAACUACGAGGUGUAUAUGACAGCAGACUCCAGGAAAAGCGACUUUAAAUUAGUCGAACCAAGCAGUCAAAAUGCGUUCAUCAUGGAUCCCAGUUCUGCAGAGACAAUGGCGCUUGGAAAGGAUGAAAAAACUCUACUGGCUGUGUCUGAUUUCAACCCAUCCAACACAGAAUGGCAUUUCGCCCAGAACCAGAGACCUGGACCCAGUGGUAAGAACAGGUUCUACACUACACAGGAGAGGUCGGCUCCCUAUGGGAUAAUGAGAGCCGGGCCCAGCCCUGAUGAAUCGGCUGUCCCCAUGUCCGGAACAGCAACAGGGCCGUGGCCUAACCCCCCCACAGAGGCUGAACAGCUCCAAGCCCUUAUGGCAGCUGCAAACGAGGCGAACGAGGCCAGCGGCGCCCACAUCAGACCCGGCACCAUGGGCCGCUGUGGGCCCCAGUUCGCCAUGCAGCACAUGCCAGACUACCGGCAGAACGUCUACAUCCCAGGCAGCACGGCCACCCUCCUGGCCGCCUCCCCGCAGCAAGCCCUGCCCCCUCCCCAGGACCAGGGGCCACCUCCCAUCCAGGCUGAGCCCCCCAAGCCGGUUCAGACUCCCGCCAGCAAGAAGAAGUCGGCCAAAAAGGACAAGAAAUAAGAGCUACGGAGAAGCGGCGCUCAGUUUAAUCUCCCCAUUCGGUUCAGUCUAAAUUUAACUUUGCUGACUGGAACUCAUCUGGUCAUGCUGGGUUCAUAUGCUCAUUCUUAACUGUGGAUCAAUCUCUGUAUUUCCAAGUUUGCUUGGUGUGUGUAACUUACUGUAUGAUUAUGACGGGGCUUCGUAACCGGAGGGGGUGGUUGAACGCGAGGAGAUUAAUGGGAAAAUGAAAUGUGUUCGGAUGGAUCUGAAGGUUAUGAAGCUCAGGGGUGUUAGGUGUUCCAGUGUUAGUGUGAAGAUUUUUACUUACAGAUUUGCAUUACAUUAAACAAGUAAAAUGAUUUAAGAAAUGCUUACUGAAGACAAGAACGGCGCUGUUUUGAGUUUCUUAGAGAGCAAGCACGGGGUUUUUGAAAUAUACAUUGAAACCCGCAGAUUUUAAAAUACGCAUUUUUGUUACAAAGAAAGCAUGUGUGACUUGCCAGAAGUUUUUUUUUCUCUUUUCUUGGAAGAAAAGUUCAAAUAAAUUCAUAGCACUUCUGGCGAAGAGAAGAACGUGGCUUAUAUGUGUCUAUUAACGCUAAAUCUGACGCAGGUUUACUUUGUUGCUAAUGUUAGUCUAAUUGAAAGUUAGUAAUGUGGGUUGAGUUGAGUUGAAAGACGUGGCUUUGGGACAGCCCUGUUCAAACGUUGUGGGAUGGCUGCUCAUGUCUGCAGCCGGCUGUUUGCAGCUCUGCGGCGCAGGGCACCGGUGACGUGACAGGCCGGCCUCUCCCCUUGCUCCCUCUCUGCAUGCUGCAUAGAUCCGCUUGUUUUAUACGUCCCUCCUGGCCCCCCACCCGCUGCUCGUCGCAUUCCUCCGCACGCUACGCUAGUGCAUGCUGCUCACAUGCUUCGCAUGGACAGGGUGUGUUUCUCGUUUCGUGGACGUAUAAGGAAGAGAGGCUGGUGUGCUGUCUGCAGAAGCCCAACCUCUCCUCAGUCUGUGACAGUAAAUGAUGGAGCCUCUGAACUCCUGAUCUGUGGACAGAAUUGUCUCUUUCGGUGAGACUUUGGAGUAUAGCCCAGGGUCAAUAAGCCUUGGGAGACACAAGGGUUGAGGACAGACCAGGACAGAUAUGGCCUGGGAUAAAGACAGACUAUGUACACGUAUCCCAGAGUGCCAGUAGUGCUUUCGCUUAGUGUAAAACGGUCAGUGACACACGUUGCCUAUAUCAUAAUGAUCCUUCACUCUUACACCCUAACACGUACUACUGGAAUGUUAGCUUAUUUUUAAGUAAAAAAAAAAAAAAAAUGGAAAAAAAAACUUCAUAUUAAUUGUGGAAAUAUAGUGACAACCUGGAAUUCACAGACUAACACCAGAUGUAAAUAAAUGUCAACCUUGCAAAAUGCAGAAAAAUUAGUUAGAAACAUUAAAUGUGUUGUGCAUAUUUUUGUGUUUAUUGACCUACGUAGUGAAAAAUAAUCAAAAAAAAGGCUAAAAGUUUCAGUUGUUUCUUUCUCAUGUGAUUUUGUUCUCCGGUUUUGUUUUGUGCAUCACCUGUAUAAAUGGAUAUAAACGGCUGAUUAGUCUCUUCAGUAUUCUAAUGAAACCACUUUUUAACGACUAACUCAGUGUUACAUUUAUAUGCUAAUAGUUACAAUGCUGUUUAUUUUCUCCUUUACCUGAACUUCAAAAAUAAAGUUUGUUCUUCAAACUGC